UUCGGACUUGUGCACCAGAGGAGGAGAGACACCGACUUCCUGUGCGAUUCUGGUUCAGCUGACUUCAGUCUGGCUGCCUUUCGGGGAGCUUUGUGGCUCUGCACGCCGGAGGGGAGCUCUCCUCUGCCGCUGGUCCGGAGAGUCGCUCUUUUUCUCCGCCGCAGAUGUGGAUUGUUUACACCGGCGGCUCCAGCCUUUCCUGCUCGGUAGCGUCGGUGACGCCGGGCUGCUGCUGCUGCUGCUGCUGGCCCUGCUCCUGCUCGCCCCGGCCUCCGCCGUCCGCCGCCCGUCGGUCCGCUGCAACAGUCGCCUGAGGCAGCGCAGGGGAGGCGCAGGCUGAAGCAUUGCCCCGGAGCUGGUGCACCGUCGGCGGGUACGAGGCUGAACCAGGGAUGGCUGUGCUCAAACUGGCCGAGCAGCCGCCGCUCAUCCAGGCGAUCUUCAGCGGAGACCCUGAGGAGAUCCGCAUGCUCAUCUACAAGUCUGAAGACAUCAAUGCCCUGGAUUCAGAGAAGCGCACACCUCUCCAUGCUGCUUCGUUCCUGGGAGAUGCUGAGAUCACAGAGCUCCUCAUCCUCUCCGGAGCUCGGGUCAACGCCAAAGACAACAUGUGGCUCACUCCUCUUCAUCGCGCCGUGGCAUCUCGGAGUGAGGAGGCCGUCCGAGUCCUGAUCCGCCACUCGGCUGAUGUGAACGCGCGGGACAAGAACUGGCAGACGCCGCUUCAUGUGGCUGCCGCCAACAACGCACUGCGCUGCGCUGAAGUCAUCAUCCCGCUGUUGAGUAGCGUCAACGUUUCAGACCGAGGCGGCCGGACGGCGCUGCACCACGCUGCCCUCAAUGGACACACCGAGAUGGUAAAGCUACUGCUCACCAAAGGAGCCAACAUCAACGCCUUCGACAAGAAAGAUGGACGGGCGCUGCACUGGGCUGCCUUUAUGGGUCACCUGGAUGUCGUGUGCCUACUGGUGAGUCAGGGGGCGGAGAUUGGCUGCAAGGACAAACGGGGGUACACGCCUCUUCACACUGCUGCCUCCAGUGGGCAGAUUGCCGUGGUCAAACACCUGCUGAACCUGGCUGUGGAGAUCGAUGAGUCCAACGCGUUUGGUAACACUGCUCUUCAUGUAGCUUGCUUCAACGGUCAAGACGCCGUGGUCAGUGAACUCAUUGAUUACGGCGCCAACGUCAGCCAGCCGAACAAUAAGGGCUUUACUCCGCUGCAUUUUGCUGCUGCUUCUACACACGGAGCUCUGUGUCUGGAGUUCCUGGUCAACAACGGGGCUGAUGUCAACGUGCAGAGCCGAGAUGGGAAGAGCCCUCUUCACAUGACGGCUGUUCACGGUCGCUUCACAAGGUCCCAAACUCUGAUCCAAAAUGGUGGAGAGAUUGACAGUGUGGACAAAGACGGAAACACUCCCCUCCACGUCGCCGCUCGCUACGGCCAUGAACUUCUCAUCAACACGCUCAUCACCAGCGGAGCUGACUGCACAAGGAGAGGAGUCCACGGGAUGUUCCCCCUGCACCUGGCUGCCUUGAACGCUCAUUCUGACUGCUGCCGGAAGCUCCUGUCCUCAGGUCGGAGGUUUAGCAUUAUGUGUAACGACUCGGUCCUGUCUGCAGGCUUCCAGAUCGACACUCCGGACAGUCUGGGGAGGACGUGUCUGCACGCUGCUGCUGCAGGAGGUAAUGUCGAGUGUGUGAAGCUGCUGCUGAGUAGUGGUGGGGACCACAACCGGAGGGAUAACUGUGGCAGGACUCCGCUCCACUACGCAGCGGCCAGUCGUCAUUACCAGUGUCUGGAGACCUUGGUAGCUUGUGGAACUGCCAUUAACGCCACUGACCAGUGGGGGCGCUCUGCUUUGCAUUAUGCUGCUGCAUCGGACCUGGACAGAAGGCGUCGCGUCGCGCUGGAACCUGACAGUGAAGGCGUUCAGGCGGAAAGGGAGAAAGAGGCGGCGCUCUGUUUGGAGUUCUUGCUACAGAGUGGAGCGACGGCUUCAUUGAAGGACAAGCAGGGCUACAGUCCCGUCCACUAUGCUGCUGCUUACGGACACAGACACUGUCUAGAACUGCUGCUGGAUAGAGACGACAGUCACCAGGGCGACCCAGAAUCCCCAAAUGCCAGGAGCCCGCUACACCUGGCAGCGUACCACGGUCACGCUCAGGCACUGGAGGUGCUGCUGCAGGGGGAGAGGGAGGUGGACCAGAGGGACGAGGCCGGCCGGACCCCGCUGGCCCUCGCGGCCCUCCGUGGUCACAGCGACUGUGUUCACACUCUCCUCAGCCAGGGGGCGUCGCCACGCACCACAGACCACCAGUAUAGCCGAACCCCAGUUCACCUCGCAGUUAUGAACGGUCACACGACUUGCGUGCGCCUCCUGCUGGACGACACAGAUAGUGCGGACUUGGUGGACAUGGCUGACUCCCGCGGACAGACUCCGUUGAUGUUGGCGGUGGCUGGAGGUCACGUUGACGGCGUGUCGCUGCUGCUGGAGAGGGAGGCAGACGUCAACGUUGCCGACCAACACGGGAUGACGGCGCUGCACCUCGGGCUGCUGUGCGGUCAAGAAGAGUGCAUCCAGUGUCUGCUGGAGCAGGAGGCUUCCGUGCUGCUAGGUGACGCUCGUGGUCGCACAGCCAUCCACCUGGCGGCGGCACGGGGCCACGCCUCCUGGCUGAGCGAGCUGCUGAGCAUCGCCUGCUCGGAGCCGGCCUCCCUGCCCCCCCUCAAAGACCACCAUGGCUACACACCGCUGCACUGGGCCUGCUACUACGGGCAUGAGGGGUGUGUGGAGGUGCUGCUGGAACAAAAAGGUUGUCGCUGCAUUGAUGGAAACCCCUUCACCCCGCUCCACUGUGCUGUGGUGAACGACCACGAGCCGUGUGCGUCUCUCCUCCUGGAGGCGAUGGGUUCUGACAUCACUGGCUGCAGAGACGCCAAAGAACGGACUCCGCUUCACGCCGCCGCCUUCGCUGGCCAUGUGGACUGUGUUCAGCUGCUGCUCUCCCAUGAUGCAUCUGUGGACUCCGUCGACCAUUCGGGGAGGACCGCAUUGAUGAUGGCGGCGGAGAAAGGACGAGUUGGAGCCCUCGAGCUGCUUCUGACCAGCGGCAGCCAAAACCUCAGUCUGGCUGACAAGGACGGAAACACUGCCCUCCACUUGGCCUGUAAAAAUGGGAAGGAAGAGUGUGUCUUGUUGAUGUUGGAGAAGCUGCCGGGUCCGGAGCACGUUGAUGCCACAAACGCAGCGCUGCAAACACCUCUUCACCUGGCGGCUCGUAGCGGACUCAAGCAGGCGGUCCAGGAGCUGCUGUCCCGAGGAGCCAACAUCCAGACGGUGGACGAGAACGGUCUGACCCCUGCUCUGGCUUGUGCUCCUAGCAGAGAGGUGGCCGACUGUCUGGCUCUCAUUCUGGCUACCAUGAUGCCUUUCUGCUCCCCUUGCAGCUCUGGAGCGCCCUCUCCAGGUUCCCUCCUGAGGCAGCUUCCACACAAGGUGGGUAAAAGCCCGGCCGCUGGUCCUCGGGGGCCCCGCAGCCCCAGGAACCCCUCAGGGCCCUCCAGCGAGGGAACCACAGAGAACGACUCGGAGGACUCGGAAACCUUCUGACGCCUGCAAACAAACUCUGCUCUGCCAAGUUUGCGCCUCACUCCGGAGAACUCAGAGCAGAGACGGGAAUAUUCCAGGAAGCAUUCAGGAAUACCGGGCAGGAGCCUUGUACAGAUCUCCGCGCUGGAAAUCCACCUCACUUCUUUUUCCACCAACACUGAAUGGAGCCGCUGCACUGCCCGGAAUGACCUGCGCACCGUCCUCCGGCAGGAGGCACCGGGUCCGGGUCACCGAUGGUUUGCAUGUUUGUGUCGACCUCACUUCCUCCACGGGUGCUUGAAUCCAAAACAACCUCGGUACUUUGUCUGUGCUGCCGCUCGUCUGUGAGACGAGGAUCCUCUCAGAACAAAAAGCCAUUUUUAACUCUUUGUACAGACGCGUUCUUUAACCCUUUUUGCCCCUUAAAAUUCUCCAUGUGUCGGACCAAAAACUCGCGUGAACCUCGGUCUUCUGCUGGUUCCAAUAGCAGCCUGAAACGUGAUGCCUCGCGCUCGCACUGUUCUCACUCCAUUAGUCCGGUACUGAACCAGCAGUCUGUUCCAGAUGGGUUCAGGUCACAGAACCACCAAGCCAAGUUAACUUAGGGGUACCACAGGGGUCGAUCCUUGGACUGUUUACUUUCCACACCAUUCUGACUCUCAGCUACCAACCUAUGAAUCGACUCACUGCCUUAAUGAUGAAGGUGGGAUUAGUUUGAGCACCAACAACGACCUCAAAAGUUCAAUAUUCUACCCGUCAAAGUCAAAACCUGGAAGACGGGUCGGUAUUAAAAUCCAGUGGCUCAAACAAAGCACAAAGAUUUCACCGUUUAAAGAGACCGCUGCCAUGGUGACGAAAACAGGGUUCAGAAUCUGCCACACGGUGCGUCAGGGUUCGUCCUCGUCUGGAAGGUUGCGAAUCCAAACCAGAUUAGGAUUUAAAUUGCCGCAGUGCUGACACAGGAUGGUCGAAGUCCAGCAGCACAAGGUGCCCACCAGCCCCAGACCCGCUUUGACCUCGCUGUGUCUGAAAGCUAUGUGCCAUUGUCUAAAAUGUGUCCAGUGCCUUGAUGUUUUUUUUUUCUCAUAUUUCGUUUGGCGUCAUCAAAGAGGCCGAACCCGCAUUUCGACGUUAAAUAAGAUACAGUUUAAAUAAAAGUUCUGAAUGCGUUUGCAUCCUGUGCUGGUGGCCACUGGACAGCGAGCCCCGAUGAAGGUGGCGAUCAUUUCCCCGUCUGGAUUAUAUGGGACUUGCUGCAUCCAACUCGGUGCUUCAAGCGUUAAGAUGGUCAACGCACAUAUCUGCUCCAGAUAGACACCAUUUUUGGGGUUUGAAUGAACUUAUCUAUAAUUAUCUUCCAUGAUUCGAUGGCUUUGUUACUUCACCUCCAACUUCUGUUAUAUUUGUUGUAUCAGUUGUCCUAACAACACCAAAACCAACUCGACUGUAAACGUUCAUUUCCCCUUCUACACACACACACAGCUGUUCCAACUCUCGGUAUUAAGUUGCAAGGCGUUUAUCCUACAAGCUCGUAAUAUUCCGGGGAACUUCUCACGACUUUUUGGUUUAGAUUUUUUUAUUUUUAUUUAAUGUGUUGACUCCAGGUGUGUGUGUGUGCGCGUGUGUUUGGGAGCAAGGAUGUCACAUUUGGUACUGAUAUGAAACUCCUUUUGUAUAUAACGUUGACUUUGUACGGAAGACAACAGUCGCGAUGGCAGUGAACGAACUAUGUGUAUAAUAAUGAAUUUAUUUUAAAUUAAAAGCUGCGAACUGCCUGAUGAUGAUGAUGAUGAUGAGCACAGUCUGCCAGUAUUAUUGACAAACGUCACUGGACCUGACAAUCGCCCCAGUGCGUCUGAUGAGGUUUCUCACGCCAGUUCCUGAUGCAGUACGACCCGCAGAGGGCGCUCUGUCAACUCCAUCUUUGUUUGAUACCAACUGUACCAUGAUUAAAAAUAACAUUUCAACGUGUUUUGUUGCUCUUUUCUGGCCAUUAUCCCACUUCUUCCUGAGGAUAAACCUGUCGCUGUGGGCAUCAAACGUCAAGUCAGCGUGGACGAAACCAACCUCCAGGACGAUCAGUGUCAAUAAUCUUUUAAUAAUUACAUAAUUUCUGUACAUUAACAAACUCUAAAGUCACAAUUUACUUUCUGAAAGUGGCGGACUCGUGUCACGGUAACAAAACUGGAGUGGAUACUUUGGCUCUAUGGAUUAAAAAACAUCUCAAGUGAUUAAAAGUGUCGGAGGAAUGGCGCGAUCAAUAAAAUAUUUACAUGGUCCAGUGUGCUUGUUGUAUGGAAAUGUUUUGGGACUCCGAAAGUUUGUUGUUGUGUUGCGGCACUGGGAUCAGCAGUUCAUUCCCAGGCCGGUCCAGUGGUCCGGAACCAUCAGGAAGUACUUGUCCAUGGCCUCGCAGAAGCGAGUGCGGUACAGGUCGGGGGAGACUACCGUGGGCAUCUUACCUGGGAACGGGUCAGAGAGGAAGAAGAACAAGUUAGUCAGUCUAACAGAAGGGCCUUUAGAAGGUGAUGGACAUUUAACAUGGAGGGGAAAAAUGUGGCGUCUCUUGAGAUGAAUUUUAAACAGUGGAUUUGUUGUUAAGAGGAACAGUGAAUCUGACUACGACUACUGUUUAUAUCUGAAGGAAAAAAGUGAAUUGUAAAAGUGAAAAAUGUAAACAACUAACUAGCUUACAGAUUGAAACAGACAUUGUUACACCUAAGUUUUACGUUAUUAUAAGCGCAGCCUUUAGAAGACGCUCUGAAGUCACCUCACCUUGACCCCCCAGGAUUCCAGUGUAUUUCACCACCAUCUCGAUUUUCUUGUCCCAAGUGAACGUCCGGAUGUAAUCUGCGAACCAACAGCCAGUC